UCAAGAUGGCUGUCUCCUGGUCGCCCUUGGUUACUCUGCGCUCCUUAGUGCCCAGCCGGGUGACAGGGAGAUCUGUUGGGUGCAGGGCCCGGGCCGCUGCUCUCGGCUCUCAGGCCGCCGCCCCUGGGAAGCCCCUUUCGAAAGCCUAUACAGUUCAGACACCUGAAACUUUGUCUCUUACUGCUGCUACAGGGGCUUAUUUGAAAGCCUUGGCUGUUUGCCGUGGACCUCUGGCUCACUACGACUUCCUGAUCAAAGCUCACGAGCUAAAAGAUGACAGCCAUCAAAGAAGAGUCAUACAGUGUUUGCAGAAAUUACAUGAGGAGCUUAAUGGAUACAGGAUUGAGGCACAAGGCCUUUUUUCAAAGCUUUUUACAAGGAGCAAACCUCCAAGGGGCCUGUAUGUUUAUGGAGAUGUUGGGACAGGGAAAACAAUGGUGAUGGACAUGUUUUAUGCUUAUGUGGAAGUGAAGAGGAAAAAACGGGUUCAUUUUCAUGGUUUCAUGCUAGACGUGCACAAAAGGAUACAUCACCUUAAACAGAGUCUGCCAAAAAGGAAACCAGGAUUUGUGGCUAAAUCAUAUGACCCAAUCGCUCCCAUAGCUGAAGAAAUCAGUGAAGAAGCAUGUCUCUUAUGUUUUGAUGAAUUUCAGGUCACUGACAUUGCUGAUGCUAUGAUUCUGAAACAGCUUUUUGAAAAUCUGUUCAAAAACGGGGUCGUCGUCGUGGCAACAUCCAACAGGCCACCGGAAGAUCUCUAUAAAAAUGGACUCCAAAGAGCUAACUUUGUACCAUUCAUAGCUGUCCUGAAGGAACACUGUAAUACGGUACAGCUAGAUUCUGGGAUAGAUUACCGGAAAAGGGUACUUCCUGCAGCAGGAAAACUCUACUACCUCACAAGUGAAGCUGAUGUGGAGGCUGUCAUGGAUAAGUUGUUUGAUGAGCUGGCUCAGAAACAAAAUGAUUUAACUAGACCAAGGAUUCUAAAAGUGCGAGGCAGAGAGCUGCGGCUGAAUAAAGCCUGUGGAACCAUUGCCGACUGCACAUUUGAAGAGCUGUGUGAGAGACCACUUGGAGCCAGUGACUAUUUGGAACUAUCAAAUAAUUUUGAUACAGUAUUUUUACGAAACAUUCCACAAUUUACACUGGCAAAGAGGACUGAAGGGCGAAGAUUCAUAACUCUCAUCGACACCUUUUAUGAUUCCCAGGUGCGCAUAAUUUGCUCUGCAUCGGCUCCUCUAUCAAGCUUAUUUCUGCAUCAACAUCAUGACAGUGAGUUGGAGCAAAGCAGAAUAUUGAUGGAUGAUUUGGGGCUGAGCCAGGACUCAGUAGAAAGACUUGCCAUGUUUACCGGAGAAGAGGAAAUCUUCGCAUUUCAGCGCACAAUUUCCCGACUCACAGAAAUGCAGACUGAGCAGUACUGGAAUGAAGGGGACAGAAGCAAGAAGCACCCGCCACUUUCACAUGAAUAAAACUCUGGACAAAGGAUUGAUGCAGGGAGAGCUCUUCAUUGUGGGAUGUGAAGGAAUCAUUUUCUCAUCAUUAAUUAGGCACUUUGUCCUCUGGACCAUUUCCCUCUAAAAUUGCUGUCAAAGAUGUAGUGGAUUAGUAAGUUAAAGCCAUUUUUAUAGUCUACUCUUUGCCUAUUUAUUUGGCCUUAUUUCUGCUCUACAAAAAUUAUAAUCAGCACUCCUGAAUUAAGACCAGACUUUUUUGCUUCAUAUUAAAUUACCUGAGUACACAAGUACGUGCUGAAUGCAGCGUGUCUGGAUGUGUCUGAGCUUUGGCUGCAUGGUGGUCACAUUGAUAGAAACACAUCUUUAAUGAAAGAAAAACACAAAAAAAAGAGAAGGGGGGACAGAGAGAGGGCAAAAGAAAGAAAGAAAAAACGCCUACAUUUCAGUUCAAAACAAAGAAAACCUUCUGAUUAUAUUACAAACUAAGGGAAUCAUGUUUUGGAAUAUGGAUUUAUACAGUGAAUUUGGGGGGGCCAUAAAUGAUAAUAAACCUCCCAGGCCUUCAGUUUCCCUCAUGACGGAAACUAUGGUUUCUUUUACCUCGAAAUCAAGUUGGCAGGAAGGAUGUGAUCUCAAGCAGACUCAGAGU